CUUUUUUUCUUCCUUGUGGUUCAUCCUCUUCUUCCUCUUUCAUACUUAAAAUGUAAGAGAGGCCUCCGCCGCACAGUGGAUCCACCCUUGAUCAUGCAUGAACAUGCGCGCGCGCGCCAUAUAUUUGUCUCCUGGCGCCUUGUCCAGUUGUGGCUCGGCGCCUAUUUAAGCCGCCUUUCCCUUCCCCGUCUAACGUUUCCUCCUCUCCUCGACCCUUGCCAUCUUCUAUUCUUCUUACCGGUCUGUCACCGCCCUAUACGACGACCACGAGCUAGGGCCUACGCCUCCACCGUGCUCACCAUGCUCGAGAACCAAAAGCAAGCGGAGGUUCUCUGGCCGAGGCUGGUGGCCGACAAGCUCUUCCGGAAGACAUCGGGCAGCCACGCCUUCGUCGCUGACUUCCCCGUCGCCGAAGACGUCUUUGUGGCGGAGUUCGACGACGGCGGAUGCAGCCCCGACGCCGACGCCCGCCGCGGCGUCAAGCGGCCGCGGCCACAGGAGCGGAACAAGGCCCUCAAGUACAAGCUGUUCGCGAGCACGUGGAACGUCGGCGGCGUGGCGCCACCGGACGACCUCGACCUGUCGGACUGGCUCGACGCGAGCAACGGCCCCUACGACAUCUACGUACUCGGGUUCCAGGAGGUGGUGCCGCUGCGCGCGCGGAACGUGCUGGGCGCGGACAAGAAUCGCAUCGGCAUGCGGUGGAACGAGCUUAUCCGCGCGGCGCUGAACCGGUCGUCGUGGGCGUCCCGCGAGCAGAGGGGCGUGGCAGGAGCGGAGGCCAAGCAGGCGGCGCCGAUGAAGGUGCACCCGGUGCGGGACGGCGGUGGCGGCGAGCUGGCGAGGGACUACCGGUGCGUGGUGAGCAAGCAGAUGGUGGGCAUCCUGCUCACCGUCUGGGUGCGCGGCGACCUCGUCCGCUUCGUCCGCCGCGCCAGCGUCUCCUGCGUCGGCUGUGGCGUCAUGGGCUGCCUCGGCAACAAGGGUGCCGUGUCCGUGAGGCUCUGGGUGCACGACACGAGCUUCUGCUUCGUGUGCUGCCACCUCGCGUCGGGCGGGCGGGAGGGCGACGAGGCGCACCGCAACGCCGACGCCACGGAGAUCCUCUCGCGGACGACCUUCCCAAGGGGGCACGCGCUCAACUUGCCACACAAGAUUCUCGACCACGACCGGGUGAUCUUGCUUGGGGACCUCAACUACAGGAUCUCCCUGCCGGAGGCCAAGACGAGGCUGCUGGUGGAGAGGCAGGAGUGGAAGACACUGCUCGAAAAUGACCAGCUGCGAAGCGAGGUGUGUCGAGGCGGCGCGUUCCAGGGCUGGAACGAGGGGGCCGUCACGUUCUCGCCGACGUACAAGUACUACCCCAACUCGGACACGUACUACGGCUGCUGCGCCCACGGCAAGAAAGGCGAGAAGCGGCGCGCGCCGGCAUGGUGCGACCGCAUCCUGUGGCGCGGCGCGGGGCUGAAGCAGAACCGGUACGACCGGUGCGAGUCCCGGCUGUCGGACCACCGCCCCGUGCGCGCCGUCUUCACGGUGGAGGUGGACGCGCCCCGGAACCUCAACUCCCUCAGGAGCUUCUUCAUGUCCGAGAGGUUCGACAGGGUCAGGACCUCCGCCGAUCAGCUGCUCCGGAACGACGACGUGAACUGCGCCAGAUUCGGCGACACCGUCUGACGCAGCCGCGGACGGACAUGUAGCCAGACAGGGCCCUGAUCUGGCUUCGAGGAGAGGAUGAAAUUGCCAGUCCAAAUCUCCAACUGUACGCAGCCAAAAGAGAGUAUAUAUGAUUAUUCUGUUUCUGAGUGUCCAUAUGAUCUUGUCUACAGCAUGCUAGGAUAUAGAUGUUCGCCCCCCCCCCCCCCUGUGCCUGACUUUCUGUAACUGCAUUUGUAAUCUCCUUGAUCCAAUGACUAUGAGUUGUCACAGAUUUGUUGCGUUGGACAAGCUAGCAUGAUUAGUUAUCACUGUAAAGCGUCAGAGGAGCGGAGUUUGUGGCCAUAAACAACUCCAAAUGUACCUUUUCUAUUCGGCAUUGCUUUUGGCUGCUUCAGACUGGUA